CGGGCUGUCUUAGUGUUUCCUCCCCCUCCUCCUCCUCCUCCUUACCUGUCCGGUGACUCAACACCUCGUCGGAGGGACGAUGUCCAACCUUCCUGUCAUUCCCACUCCACACAGGCUCCACUGGAAACCAGAGGGAAGUGAGGAGACGGAAGAAAACCUUGAUUAACUUUUUUUGUUUCUUUUACCGGAAUGUGGCACAGAGGAGUGAGAGAGGUCUGAACAGCGUUUUACUCCUGCAGCACAACAUGUUCUCCCCGAGUCCAGAGAUAAACCUCCCCUCUGAGAACGUCCACACCGCGUGUCUGCCUCCCACUGUUCCCACAGAUCAGGAGCCAGGACAACCCGGAGGAGAAGGAGUCUCAGUGGAUGAUGUGAUGGAGAAGAAAGCAGUGAUCCAGACCACGUACACCCACAGAGGACGCUCCGCAUCCUCAGUCUUCCAACACAGUAACAACGAUGAACCUGUCGCUAGCAUUUACUUUGAGCAGAAGGUCCCUGUUCCUGUGGACGACAAUGAGAGGGGGAUAAGUUUCCGUAAGCUCUGGGCCUUCACUGGGCCGGGCUUCUUGAUGAGUAUAGCGUACCUGGACCCAGGGAACAUCGAGUCUGAUCUGCAGUCAGGCGCUAAAGCUGGUUUUAAGCUCCUCUGGGUGCUGCUGGGAGCCACCAUUAUCGGCUUGCUGCUGCAGCGGCUGGCGGCUCGGUUGGGAGUCGUCACCGGGAUGCACCUGGCUGAAGUCUGCCACCGCCAGUAUCGCACUGUGCCUCGUAUCCUCCUGUGGUUGAUGGUGGAGCUGGCUAUCAUUGGCUCAGACAUGCAGGAGGUCAUCGGCUGCGCCAUCGCUUUCAACCUCCUCUCCUCUGGCAGGAUCCCGUUGUGGGGUGGCGUCCUCAUCACCAUCAUCGACACAUUUGUCUUCCUUUUCUUGGACAAGUAUGGCCUGAGGAAGCUGGAAGCCUUUUUUGGUUUGCUCAUUACCGUCAUGGCCAUUACCUUUGGAUAUGAGUACGUGACGGUGGCUCCAGACCAAGGCCAGCUGCUGAAGGGGAUGUUUGUGCCGUACUGCGAGGGCUGCGGUCCCAUCCAGGUGGCUCAGGCUGUCGGCAUCGUGGGCGCCGUCAUCAUGCCGCACAACAUUUACCUCCACUCUGCUCUCGUCAAGUCUCGAGAGGUGGAUCGAUCGAACAAGAAAGAGGUGAGAGAAGCCAACAAAUAUUUCUUCAUCGAGUCGACCAUCGCGCUCUUCGUCUCGUUCCUCAUCAAUGUGUUUGUGGUGGCUGUGUUUGCCGAGGCUUUCUACGAGCGGACAAACAUAGAGGUGUUCGAGGUCUGCAAUCGAACAGGAAGCCCCUAUUCUACUCUAGAGCUAUUCCCUCUAAACAACGAAACUCUGGAGGUGGACAUCUACAAAGGGGGAGUGGUGCUGGGUUGUUUCUUCGGCUCGGCAGCGCUCUACAUUUGGGCCGUGGGGAUCCUCGCAGCUGGUCAGAGCUCCACCAUGACGGGAACGUACUCCGGCCAGUUUGUUAUGGAGGGCUUCUUGAACCUGCGCUGGUCGCGUUUCGCUCGGGUUUUGCUGACCCGCUCCAUCGCCAUCACUCCCACUCUGCUGGUGGCCAUUUUCCAGGACGUGCGGCACCUGACGGGCAUGAACGACUUCCUGAAUGUGCUGCAGAGCAUGCAGUUGCCGUUCGCCCUCAUCCCCGUCCUCACGUUCACCAGCUUGCCAUCUCUCAUGCACGAGUUUGCCAACGGACUGGUGUUUAAGAUAGGAGGAGGCCUGGUGAUCCUGAUCGUGUGCAUCAUCAACAUGUACUUCGUCGUGAUCUAUGUGACCGCGCUUAAUAGCGUGUGGCUCUACGUGCUGGCGGCGUUCCUCUCCAUAGCAUACCUGUCAUUUGUGGGAUACUUGGCGUGGUUGUGUCUCAUAGCUCUGGGGGUGUCCUGGCUGGACUGGACCAAAAGGGAAGGGAACGACAACAGCAUCCUGAUCGAGCAGCAGCCGGAGACUGACCUCUGAAUCUAUUAUGGACGUCCACCUCAAAAGAACAGCUGGGUUCUCAGGCCGGGGGCCUCCUUAACAGCAGCUGACCCCUCUGCUCUGUGCCUUCUCACAGGAAUGCGACCAGGAAAAAGAAGCACCAGAAAGCAGGCAAAGAUAAUGAAUUUAAAGCUGAUCUAGUAAACAGCGGCAUCAGCCUUAAACCGCAUGACAUUUUCCAGCUGUGCGGUCCAUACUUACUCUGUAUAUAUUUUUACACACAUCUGUCAGUGCUGUCUUAAAAUGUCCGACUCCAGGAAUGCAAACAGCGAGGCCAUUCGUGUUUAUGUCUUGCAUUGUGGCCACUGUGGGCACUGGCUCAGCUCAGGGUGUAAUGGGCCCACAUGUGUUAGAGAGCGGACCGGCUCAACUCUUGCUUUAUUAACAUGUUUAUUUGUUUUUUCUCCCACUCAGCAGCCUUAUGUGUGAUUUACAUGUGUGUUUAAAUAUAGCAGAUUGCUUAAUUUCCCACUGUCCAGUUGGAGAAUCACUCGGAGGUCUUUAAACCUUAAACCGGAGGAUAUGGAGGCGCUGCAGAAUGUGUUUGACCACAAUUCCCAACCCACUUUUGUUUAUUUGAGCAAAGUGAAAGAACUGAUCUGUAGCUGGUUGAGGUGUACUCAGUGAAAUUAUUAGAAAAUAAACAGGAUUUGUCUGAAAUGUA